AGCCAAUUCCACAGGUCCAAAAUCUUUUAGGUUCAUUAAUGCUUGGACUCUCAAUGACUCCUUUCACACUCUGGUAAAAAACACCUGGGAUUGCCAGCCUACUAUUGGUGGAAUGAGGGGUUUAGCCAACAAACUCUUUAGCCUUAAAGCAGCUCUCAGAACAUGGAACAAGGAAGUGUUUGGGAACAUCUUCUCAAAACUAUAAGAAGUAGAAGACCAGUUCAUCAAAGCAGAGAUGGAUUUUGAAACCAAUCCUACCCAGCAGAAUAGAGAAACAAUGCAGAAAGCCAAUGCAGACCUCAUCUAUGCUACCAAUCUGGAGGUACAAUACUGGAAACAAAAGGCAAACAUCAUAUGGCUUGAUAAGGGAGAUUCCAACUCCAAACAUUUCCAAGCAUAUGCCAAGGGAAAGAGAAAGAAACUCUCUAUUUCACAUGUUAUCAAAUCCAAUGGUACAGGCACCAGCAAUCUUUCAGAUAUCAAAUCAGAAGCCAUCUCCUUUUUUGCUAACAGUUUCAAAAAGUCCCACCACCCCUCCUUUGACCAAAUCCUACCCCUAAUCCCACAGACUCUAACCAGUGAAGACAACUCCAAAAUUUGUGCCAUACCCACUUUGGAAGAAGUACAUCAGGCAGUUUGGGACCUAGAUGGAAAUAGUGCAAGUGGGCCAGACGGUUUCAAUGGAAAUUUUUUCAAAGCUACAUGGGACAUAAUCAAUUUGGAUGUUCUCACUGCCUCUCAGGAAUUCUUCAUGGGUUUACCAAUUCCAAGAGCUUAUGGCAUCACUUACUUGUCACUUAUUCCAAAAUCAGAUAAUCCAAGAACUUUUGAUGAUUAUAGAGCUAUAUCCCUCUCCACUUUCAUGAGCAAAAUCAAUACCAAAAUCCUAGCAGGCAGGCUCAAUUCCAUCCUUCCUAAGCUUAUCUCUAAGGAACAAGCAGCCUUCGAGAAAGGUAAGUCCAUUGAUGACCAUAUCCUCAUGGCACAGGAAGCAGUCCAUCUCAUUGACAAAAAGACUUUUGGGGGUAAUCUAAUUCUCAAGAUGGAUAUGGCAAAAGCGUUUGACAAACUGGACUGGGAGUAUCUCGAAGCCUUACUACAGUCUUUUGGCUUCAAUCAACUUUCCACUUCUCUUCUUAUGGCUAAUCUUAAAGGAAGUUUUUUCAGCAUUCUUCUCAAUGGAGAGCCAGCAAGAUAUUUCAAAAUGGAGAGGGGUGUAAAACAGGGAGACCCACUCUCACCUCUCUUAUUCAUACUUGCAGCAAAUGGUUUCAGCAGACUCAUCAACCACCAGAUGAACACACAACACCUCCUCAGAUUCAAUUCUGGUCAAGUCCCUUUCCCCUCCCACCUUAUUUAUGCUGAUGACAUUAUGAUCUUUUCCAGGGGUGAAACCAGAAACCUGCUCAAGCUCAAGGUCACUCUAGAAACUUACCUUAAAGCAUCAGGCCAAGAGAUCAAUCUUAAUAAGAGUAAAUUCUACACAUCAAAGAACACAACCACCUCCCAAACUCAGAACAUGGAGAAAGCUUUAGGAAUCAAAAGAGGAAAGUUGCCUUUUACCUACCGAGGAGCACCUAUUUGUCGUGGGAUUCUGAGGAAAGAACACUGCAAGGAAGUCCUAGGACACUUUGAAAAACUUAUCCAAUCCUGGUACAGCAAGACCUUAAACCAAAUGGGGAGGCUUAUCCUUAUAAAGCAUGUCCUUUCAUCAAUACCCUUACACAUCCUAGCAGUGCACACUCUUCCUAAAUCCAUCACACAAACCCUCACUAAAUACAUGGCAAACUUCCUUUGGGGACAAAAAGAUGGGGCACAGAAAUACCACUGGAUUAGAUGGAGACAACUAACAAAACCUAAGGAAGAGGGGGGCCUAGGUAUCAAAAGCUUAGAGGAUCAACAUCAAGUCUACACACUCAAGCUUUGGUGGAAGGCAAGAAAUGACAUGGGGAUCUGGGGAGCCUUCGUGAGAGCAAAAUACAUGAAGAAAGGAGCCAUGAAGGAGAAGAUUACAGAUUCCCCUACCUGGAAAGGAUUUGUAGAUCAGACGAACUUGCAUCCUCUCAUACCACCACAAUAGGUUCUGAAGCGUUCUGGGAAGGAAGUACUUUCAGCCUCCAGGGAGCCUAUAAGGUAAUUCAAGAGAAUGGACCAAAAUUGCUGUCUUGCAAAUACAUCUGGCACAUUUCCAACAUCCCAAAAAUCAGGAUCUUCUUGUGGAAACUCCUCAACGGGGCACUACCCUUUCC